CUUUCUGCAUGUUGAAUUAGUAAUCUGACUAUGACCAGCAUUCACCAUUCACAUAUGUAGCAAAAAUAAAGGUAAACGUUACCCCAGAAUGAAUACUUUUGAUGGAUAUUAGGGGCCAGAUUAAAUUCAGUGAGAAAAAGGUUUAUCAUGUGACGAGAUUCAAUUGGAGAUGCAAUUCAAGGCUGAAAAACUUCUCACGGUUUAUCGUCUGGAAACUCAGUUUAUGUGAUAAACCACUGAAUUGAAUCUGGCCCAUGUGACCUUACAUGUUCGAUUUGUUUGUGUGCACUGUAAAUAUGAUCCCAGGGGGCGGUGCUUCGUACUUAAAAUGGCAAUUUUCUAUUUAGGAUUAUUGAUUGGCACAUACUACUAAAAGUAUAUAAUUAUGAAAAAGGUUAAUCAAAAUGAAGCAGGGUGAGCUAUUUCAUGCAAUAUAAUAUUAUAGAGACCUACGUUGCUUGGGAGUAUAGAUUUCUUUAAUAUUUCCCUUUUUAACUGGAUAAAAUAGUUAAUUAAAUAGUUAAAGUACAAUUUCCAGCAUGGUUUGGGUUAUAAGCAGUGAAUUAUAAGCAGUGAAUCAACAACCGCUUUAGCAGCUUUCAGACUGAGCACGGAAAAUAUAAUGUUGCCUUAUUUCAUGCAGAAUGCAUUUGAUCACAGUAUGUUUCCCAUACCAUCCAUGAUAAGAUAAGCAUAUUGACUUAUAGCCACUUCUGACAACAUCCCUCAUCGAUCAGUAACUUAGCUUCCAUCAAUAACGAACUAUACAGCAGAUGUUAUGCAAUAAGUUGUUACCCGGAUGUGAGAGGAAUCUUUCUGUUCUGGAUAAAUUGACUAUGUACAUCUGUCACCUCUAAGGGCAAUGUCCAGAGAUGACCAAGAUCUGACUCAGAAACCGCUCCCUAAAUAUCUGUCCACCCAUAGCAGCUCUUUCCUUUAAAUAUUGCUAUUGCAGGUUAACAGGGAAAAAGAGAUCAGUGAGUUACAAGAAUCAGGACAAACCAGGGACAACAACUGAGACCAGGCAGAGAGAGUUGUCAUCAUCAAACUAUUGUAAGCAAUCCACAAUGACUGCUACCACAGGAGUACUUAUCACUGUUAUGGGAUACGUCACUAUCAUGAUGGAAUUAACAGCAGGUGCUUCUGUACGUACCUCUUGCCCCCCGGGCUGGUUCUUCUACAGGUCAGAUUGCUAUGCUGUAAGUAAGAAUCCUGUAACCUGGGCUGAUGCUGAGUAUGAAUGUGGCAGUUAUGGGCAUGGUGCACAUUUGGCAUCUAUAAUGGACGAUGCAGAAGCUGGCAUUAUUGGAAGUCAUGUGUCUGCAAGCCAGGAUAAAGAAGGGGUAUGGAUAGGUUUGCAUGAUCCAGAAAAGAAUGGUCGCUGGAAGUGGACAGAUGGGUCCAUGUUUAAUUUUCAAGCUUGGAAAGUGGGUUUGCCAGAUAAUGCCAAUGGAAAAGAAUUCUGUGUUGUUCUUAUAAGUGGCUCCAAGUAUAAGAAGUGGAAUGAUGUUGGGUGUGGAGGACGUCGAAACUAUGUCUGUAAAUUCAAGCCAUAAAGUUGUUCUAUAAUUGGAAUUUAAACAAAUAAAUUAUCGCUUUAUUAAAACCA